GUCGCACACGCCGGCAAUGGCCGGCAACCGUCAACGAGCAAAUUGUUAGUGAAACAUCAUUUGUUAGAAAUUCGUGUCAUGGAUUAGAAAUAAUACGAAAACAUUAAUUUUGCAGAUCAAUUAUUCGACAACAAUGUCUGGACCAGACGUUGCGGCUCUUGCUGCCGACUUAGCAAGAGCCGUGGAACUAACAAUGAGCACCGGAGCCUCGCAAACCGACAGACUAAAAGCAUACAAUGCUUGCGAAAGCUUUAAAGAAACUUCACCUCUGUGUGCUGAAGCUGGUCUUUAUCUGGCUGCAGGCACACAACAUUCCUUGAUUUCGAGGCAUUUCGGCUUGCAGUUGAUGGAACACACGGUGAAAUAUCGGUGGACACAGAUUUCCCAGCAGGAAAAAAUCUUCAUCAAGGAAAAUGCAAUGAAGUUGCUUGCUGCUGGCGGUAUUAGUGACGAACCCCAUAUGAAGGAUGCUUUAAGCAGAGUAAUUGUGGAAAUGGUGAAGAGAGAAUGGCCACAGCAAUGGCCAGGAUUGCUGUCAGAGCUGUCUGAAGCUUGCUCCUGUGGGGAGAUUCAAACUGAAUUGGUUUUGCUAGUGUUUUUGCGAUUAGUUGAAGAUGUUGCCUUAUUGCAGACAUUGGAAUCAAAUCAGCGAAGAAAAGAUAUUUAUCACGCUCUCACCGCCAAUAUGGCUGUCAUCUUCGAUUUCUUUCUUCGUCUAAUCGAACUACAUGUAAACCAAUUUCGUACAUGCGGCGAAACAAAUAACAUAUCCAAAUCUACCGCUCACGGUAGAGUAGUACAAGUUGUUUUGCUGACUUUGACGGGUUUUGUUGAAUGGGUUUCUAUGUCGCACAUCAUGGCCCAGAAUGGGAGAUUAUUACACAUUUUAUGUUUGUUACUGAACGAUUUAGCGUUUCAGUAUCCGGCAGCCGAAUGCUUAUCGCAGAUUGUAAAUAGAAAAGGUAAAGUUGACGAACGAAAACCGCUGUUGAUCCUCUUUAACGACGAGCCUAUACAGUGUUUAGUUUCGGCGGCAAAAAAUCCCGGUGCCAUUCUAGACGAACAACAUUAUUUAUUUAAGAAGAAACUUGUACAGGUUUUAGGGGGAUUGACAACUCAACUUUGUAUGUUAUGGGGUAAAGAUGCCAUAUCGCGUCCUAAUAACUUUUCGGCCUUUUUGGAAGCAAUUUUAGCGUUUAGUAGUCAUCAGAGUUUAACUUUGGCUCAUAUGGCGAACCCUUUAUGGAACAGCAUGCUUAAACACGAACAUAUUUCUCGCGAUCCUGUUUUUCUUUCCUACAUUCCUCAGUGGGUUCAGUGUACCGCUCCGAAAAUCGUCAAAUUUAAUUAUCCGUCGUCGAAAGUGCAAAGCACGGACGCUGGGGGCGCUGCAGCCGCUUACGCUAAAGUAGAUUUUGACAGCGAGGAAGAAUUCUCGACUUAUUUCUACCGAUGUCGUAGUGAUUUUCUGGAUUCCUUCCGUCAGGCGACAGUUGUUGCUCCUCUUGUCACUUUCAAUUACGUCGAACAAUGGCUAAUGAAAUGCUUGCAAGUUCCUAAUCUGACUUCCGGUUUAGUUCUGUCAGAUCCACUGUUCCAAGAAUGGGAAGCUCUGUCUACUUUCUUGGAGAGUAUCCUAAGUCGGGUACUUCAAGCCCAAGAACGACCUUCCAUAGCUUCCGGUUUGAGGUUAUUACAGUUGUGUUUGGCUUAUCAACCUGUGGAUCCUCUAAUACUCUCUACUUUAUUAACUUGCAUUUCCGCUCUUUUCGUCUUUUUGAGCAUGUCAACGGGUCAGAUGGCACCUACGGCGAAUUCGGUGGCGGCGUCGGGAGCUGCACUUUUGCCACAAGUUUUGGAUAAAAUUUUUUCGACUUUGGUAUACGCACCGGACGAACAGAGCAAAGAUACGAGAUCAAGAGCUGUCAAGAACGUGAGAAGACAUGCAGCGUCACUCAUGGUCAAAAUAGGAAACAAAUAUCCGCUAUUGUUGUUGCCAGUUUUCGAUCAGAUUAGAGCAACAGUGGAGAAUUUGUCAAGGUCGGAUAGUGUGGCUGGAUUGAGUACGUUGGAGAAGGUUACAUUGCAGGAGGCACUGCUUUUGAUAUCUAAUCAUUUUUGUGACUACGAUCGUCAGAGUAAUUUCGUGAGGGAAGUGCUAACAGAGGCGAACACUCAAUGGCGUCUCAUUGUUGCCUCUGGCGCUUUUGAAAGCGCCUCUAAAUUCAUCUCGUUUGUCGGUCUCGACAAGCCCCCUGUCGCCCCGCACGCCGACAACCCUCACGGCCAUAAUCGCAGCAGCAUCGUCUUUUGUAUCAAUCUUCUCUUAGGUGCCAUCAAACGUUGCUCAUGGCCAGAAGAUCCCGAACGGGCCACUCGCGGCGGAUUCGUCGUGGCUCUUACCGAAUCCGGGAAUCCCGUUUGCAGAAAUCCGGCAGCUCCUCACGUCGUACCCCUUCUACCGGAUAUUCUUUCGCUUAUCCGAGUUUUCAACGAACUGUUUACGUGCGAAACUCAGAAUUUGAUUCACGAGAGCUACAAAGGAUGUCUGGGUAUGCUUGAAACGGAAAAAUCGAAUCUUUUGGGUUUGAUAGGGCAUUCGGUGGGCGAUUUGGGCGAAUUACAAGCGGUACAGAGUCCGAUGGAGAGGAUGCAGAGGUUUCUGUUUGGACUACAUGAGAGCUGUUAUCAUAUGAUUGGAUCGAUGGGACCUUCGUUGGGCAGGGACUUAUAUACCUUGCCUGAUAUAGGAUUAGCAAUAAUUAACAGCGUUUUGGCAUGUUUACAGUAUAUCCCGGAUUAUAGAAUGCGACCCAUCAUUCGAGUAUUUUUGAAGCCUUUUAUAUAUUCAUGUCCUACGCCAUUUUAUGAAGCUGUGCUUUUGCCCAUCGUUGCUCAUAUAGCGCCUCUAAUGUUGUCACGUUUGCACGCAAAAUGGCUGCAAGUGAACGAAUUUCGCAAUCGGGAAGGGCAAGAAGACAACGCUGAUACUCAAGAAGUUCUUGAAGAUAUUUUAACACGAGCUCUAACUCGUGAAUAUUUGGAUGUACUGAAGGUGGCGCUAGUGGGUGGUGGACUCACCCCCGAAACAAAUACCGAAAACAUGGAAACUGAAGAUCUGAGUAUGGAUUCGCCCACACCGCCUCCUCCCACACGGUCGAAUUUAACAACAGAGGUUAUAUCUGAUUUAGGUUUGGUUCUUUUGCGUAGUGAGAAAACUUGUCAGUCGAUAGUGUUGGCAGUACUGGGGGCGUUGUCGUGGAUUGAUAGUAAUGCUUCUUUGAAAGCAACUUUUCUGACUGGACCUAUAGUUAGACAAUUGGUUUCUGACAGUUCUUUAAACGGAGAGAUGGCAGCACAUAUUAUGGCGUCCGUUUUGAAUGCUCUUACUUUACAUGGACAACAUGAAGCCAAUCAGGGGUCUUUGCUGACUUUAGGUGCGCAAAUGUACGAAAUGUUAAGGCCUACUUUUCUCGAAGUACUCGGAGUGAUGCAGCAGAUUCCGGGCGUAAAUCCAGUUGAUUUACAAAAGUUGGAUGAAAGAAUUUCGGGUAGUACAAGUAAAGGAAAUAAAGUCGAGAAGGUUAAGAAAGAUUUGUUUAAGAAAAUUACCGGAAAUUUGAUUGGAAGAAGUAUGGGUCAGCUUUUUAAAAAGGAAGUUAAGAUUCAUGAUCUACCCAGUUUAGCAUUUGCGAAAAAACCACAACCAAAAGAAGUUACACCUGAUUUGCAAAAUGUGUUUAGUUAAUAUUGUCUUAAAUAUUAUCUAAUGUUUGUUAUUUAUUUAAUUUAUUGUACAACAUUCCUUGUUGUUCAAUUCUCAAGACCGACUGCAUCUUUAUCAUGAUCAAUCAAUGCAUUCUUUUGUAUAUAUUGUUGUGAUUUAAUUUUAUUUACAAUCUUAUCUUGGUCUCUAAUAAAUAGUAAUUUUUCAAACGA